AUGGCUGCAGACUCAAAGCGCUCAGCAGAGAUUGUCGCCUCUCCAUCUCUGGACGUUUUCCUGCCAGAGGACGAGGACAACCCGUACGAGUCCGUGACCACAGCUGUCACACGCAAACCCUGCUCGCUGGAUAUUAACCACCGGCUCAACGCCUGUCCAGGCAACGGUCACCUGUCCCAUGUACCGCUGAGUGAGGGGGAGCACCGUAACCAUGGCAACUGCUCAACGGGCCCCACUCCAGACUGCUCCCCCCCCUCCCCCGACACGGCCCUGAAGAACAUCGAGAGAGUCAUCCGCCCACAGCCCAAGCAGCGAACCUCUCUGUCUUCGUCCCUGGACGUCCAGAGGCCGGUCAACCACAGCUGUGAGCCCAGCGAGGUGAGCUCGUCCCUGGGAUACGCCAGCUUCAGCACCAGCCCCCCCGCCAGCCCUCCACUCAGCCCCAACCAGGAGGACUCAGCAGGCUCCAACGACGACUGUCAGCUCACAGGUAGGAGACACACAGACAGGCAGACAGACAGACAGACAGACAGACAGACAGACAGACAGACAGACAGACAGACAGGAGGAGAGGGAUCUGAUCACUGACUACAGCCUCUCUACACCUCAACCUGACUGAGAGAAGCUGCUGCUAAUUCAUGUUAGCAUUAGCUGGAGCAUUAACUGGGAUGUUAGUUUUGGCUAGCAACAAAACAAAAACAAAAUGUAUCUUUCUGACCUCAGAAAACUGAGCAGCGACUCCUUGGAGUGUCUGUUAGUCCAACCAAACACUGAACAAGACAUUUACUGAACAAAACGUUCAAAUAAACUGUCAUUAAGUGAAAAUACAGUGAAAGGGUCAAAGUUAUGAGACCAAACCGCUAAACGUCCUCUUUUCUAUCUAUAUAACGUUAUAUAUAACUUUAUUGACACGUUGCCGUGGAUACGCAUUGUUCUGCUUCUCUCCUGGUGACGGCUCGCCUUGUUAGUGACCUGUCAAUCAAAGGUAGCCCCGCCCCCAAAUCAUACGAUUCUUUAUCUUCUAUUUUCUUCUAAAUGGGGCCAUUAUUAGAACUAUUGACAUCAGAUUGUCUUGAAGAAGAUUUUUUACUAGUGAUUGAGACCAUAGUGUUGUCCUGAAAACAGUUUCUGAGGAAAUAAAUCAAGUGAGAAGUUUUCAAAUUUUGCACUGAAAUGAAU